CUGCAGCCAUUGUCUGUGGCAGAACAGAGCCCAGAGGCAGCUCCCCCCGCCCAGCCGUGCCCGAUCCAUCGCUGCAGUCCCCGCCGAUCCAUCAUGCAGCUGGUGGCCAGCCUGGUGUCCGUGCUGCUGCUGGUGUGGAGCGUGAGAGCCAGCGCCUUGCCCGGCGAGGAGAGAGCCGCCGUGGCGAACAGCAGGGAGCAGACCAAGGCCCGGAAGGACAUGAUCCUGAAGAUGCUGGUGGGUCUCCUGGAUGGGAUGGACACGGGGCGCGAGACAGCUUCCACUGACUUUGAAGAGCCCCCGGAGAGCAAAUUGGAGGAGGAGCAGCUGGCUUUGGGGCGGUUAGCCCAGCUAUCCCAGCGAGACCGCAAAGCCCCUUGUAAAAACUUCUUCUGGAAAACCUUCACUUCCUGUUAACCCCCAAGCCCCACUACCAGCCCUGGAUCCAGGCCCCCUCAGAUGUUCCCUGUCCCCUUUAGAACACAAGAACUGUACCUGCAUUGUAAAUAGCAUACACAUGUCAAUGGUUUCUGUUUUCCUCAAAUGAUUUGAGCUCUGUUUGUUUAUUACUCCAUUCACAAAUAAAGCAUGGCUGAGAGGCGCCUUGGGAA